AGCCUUGACAGAGAGCUUCAAAUUCAUCUUAGACACUCUUUCCAUACUAAAAAAGGAACUUGAAGCAAUUACUGUAUGUUCAUACUGGAACUGUUAUUUGGGCGUUGCUACAUUUUCUUAAUGUGUCUUAAUUUGCUUUCAAAAAUGUAUAAACUUGACUCGGCUGGGCCUAGCUAACUAUUCUUAAACAUUUGACGGGUUGCUGUUCCUGUUUCCUAAUAGGUGUCAUAGCAUAUGUCGAUCGAUAUGGAAGUGACGAAGACAGACAAUCCUCCUCACUACAAACCAUUGAUCUUGUGCAGAAAAUUAAAGCACACUCUAGCAGCGCUGCUGAAAUCAACGAAUUGGAAGAGUUCCAUCGAGUUUUUGAAGAUGUUGACAUAGACGACCUCACCGCGGCAGAAGUGGAACAAUCGUUAGAUCUGUUAACUGGACAGCUAAGUAACAUUUAUGAGCCAGUUACGAAAAAAACCAUAAGUACAAUGCCACCGGUAUAUCAUCUAACAGCUGAUGAAACGACAACUAAAUUUAACAGGCUGGAAGAGCAUAAUUCCAUUGAUGGAAUAUCGUAUAAAUACGAAGAUAUUGAUAUUACCACUAGCCAAUACAGUGAACCAGUUAUUGAACCGACUUCUGACGUCAUGCAGUCGUCAUUAAAACAUACUUUAGUCAAUCUACUUAUGACAUUGUUAGAUUCGUUAGAAAUUAAAAAGGAAAUACGUAUUAAAAAUGAAGAGCUAAUUCUGUUGAAGGAUAUGCUAAGAAAAAUUUCUAAGCAUAUAUAUAUAUUUCUAAGAGAAAACCUUGAAAUAAUCACAGAUAUCAUUCGAAAAAUGUUAUCUUUAAACAGCACAAAGCCGCUAGAUGUUGAAAAGAACAGUGGCAUACUAAGUUCAAAAGAAAACAAUCAUAGCCAAACGUAUAAGUCAAUGAAAAUAUCUUCUGUAAAAGACAUACUAACAAUUUUGAAUUUUUUAUAUCAGGAAAAGGGUGGCUUAUUGAAUAAAAAAAUUGACAGUUUAGAAAAACUGUUUGAUGACAACGAGAAUCUUUCCAUAUCAAAUGAGAACGUUUGGUCAAUUAUCAAUACAUGGACCUCUGAAAUAAAGGUCACCAAUUUGAAUGAUUCAGAAGAAGCGGAGAUUGAUAGAAAAUCUUCACUAAAAACAAUUGAUCUUCUGCAGAACAUUAAAGCUUACUCUAGUGCUAAUGCUGAUGUCAAGGAAAUGCAAAAAUUAAAUCGAUUUCUCGAAGGUAUAGACAAUUUCACUGUGGCAGAGGUAGAACAGUCGUUAGAUUUUUUAGCUGUCAACCUAAGCAAUGAUAAACAUGCUGCAAAAGAAACCAUGAGUGCAGAACUUCAUCAUUUAACAACUGAAAGUACGCCGACUGAAUAUAAUUUGCUAGAGAAUCAUAAAGAAACAAUUAUUAAACCUAGUUCAAACGUCACGCAUUCAUUGAGAACUACCCUGGUAAAUGUACUAGUGACUAUGUUAAGUUCGUUAGCGAAUACACAGAACAUCCGCAUUAUGAAUGAAGAGAUGGUUCUAGUGAAUGGUUUGCUAAGAAAAAUAAAAGAAAGCGAAAGCGAAUUUCUUUGGAAAAACCUUGUAUUAAUUACAGAUAUAAUUCGAACAAUUUUAUCUAUAGAUCAUCUGGAUGUUGAAAAAGAUAAUUUUAAACAAAACUCUAAGCCAAUGAAACGAUUAUUUUCAAUUAUGAAACUUGUGGAUCAAGAAAAGGGUUACAAAACAAAAGAGGAAAUUCAAAAAUUGGAAGAACUGUUUGAUAACAGCAAUGUUUCCAUCUUACAUGACAACAUUUGGUCAAUUAUCAAUAAAUUAACCACAAAAAUGAACACAACAGAUUACGAUGAUAUCGAUGAAGCUGUUAAUGAAUCAAGAAUCAAACCAAUAAUAACGGAGAUGAUUACAGAAACAUACGUGGAUGAAUUGUCACAGACAACAACAUAUAUGCAGCAGGGUACUUCAGAAAUGAGCUUAAUUACGGAUGCCGAUUCGGCCGAGUCUUCUGUGAGUUUAACAAACCCUAGAACUAGUAACAUGUAUUAUGACCCGUAUGAGGACUGGUAUAGAACAAAGAAAGGGCACAUCAAUACGGAUUUGAAUACUGUUAAGCCUGUCGUAGGUUCUUCUAAUCUUUCUUGGAUUACCAACAUGUUAUAUGACACAACGAUUCGACCAACAGAGUUUCGAGACACAACUCUGCCUGCUUUUGAAUGGUCGGAAUGGCAAAAAUGGCAGCCUUGUUCAGUUACUUGUGGAAGUGGUGUUGAAGUAGUCAUUAGAGAAUGCAAAUUACACGUUGAUUUAAUUUAUAUAAAAUCGGACGUGUGUGAAGGAAACGCCACCAAAACUGUCAACUGUAUAAUGUCUCCAUGUAGUACCGAAACGUUAUUACCAAUUACGACUGAGACAAAUGAAGUACUUACUAGGACAAGAAUAACCCCAACCCCAGUUAAAAUUAACAAAACUAUUCUAAAAACUGACGAAAUAGUUACACAUGGAGAUAAUGCUCCUAAGAUUAUGGUAACCUAUGAGGAUUGGUAUAGAACACAGAAGAAAGAGCACAAAAAUACGGAUUGGAAUACCAUUAAGCCUGCCAUAGGUCCUACUAAUCCUUCUGGGGUUACUAACAUACUGUAUGACACGAUUCGACCAAAAGAAUUUCCUGACUCAACUUCGUCUGCUUAUGAAUGGUCGGAAUGGGGCAAUUGGCAAUCAUGCUCGGUUACUUGUGGAAAUGGUAUUAAAGUAAGCGCCCGAGAAUGUAAACUAUACAUAGAGUUACUUUAUAUAAAGUCGGACUUGUGCAAAGGAAACCCCACAAAAACUGUCAACUGUAUGAUGUCGCCUUGUGAUAAUGCAGCAGAAAAUCUUCAAAACAAUACCGACACAUUACCUACUGCGAAUAAUGAAACACGGGAUUGGUUUUUGAAGCAUCAUUUGUCCAACUUUAAACAUAUCAGACGUGAACAUCGAGUGCUUGAAACAGUAAUGAUUUUGGUAAUAAUAUUCAUCGUGUGCCUCAUUGUGUUCGUAUCAUUUCGGAUACGAUCUCUAAUGAGGACUAGCUCAGACAUGGAGUUAUCAAGAAUUAUAAAGUUUAGCGGAAAGUCAAAAACUCUCAUCAAGAACCAUGCGAAAUGGUUAAAGGAGUUCGGAGAUUCCAUCAAAUGCAAAAAGUCGUCGGAUAAUAAAGAUAAAACUAAAGAAAUAAACAUUGAAAAAUUUCUUAAAGAACUUGAAGAUGUUGAAAGUGAAUGCAGUGAAUAAAUUUAAACACAUUUAUGGCAUGUUUUCGUUAUUUAUGUUGAUAUAUAGUCGGAUAGUGAAGGCAAUCCCAGCAAAUUAAAAUGAGUCAUUUUGUACAGUCAUCUCGCUUGUUGGCAUUCGUUCGCACAAUUCUCUAAUUCUUAAGUAUCCAAAAGUCAAAUUAAUUAAUAUAUAAACUUCUUGUUAAUUAACAGUGGCCUAUCAAGACCCCUAGAUACGUAGCCACUGUUAAAGCCGGGCACUCACUGCGCACGACGGUGUCUAUAAAAAACGUAACACGAUGACGCGCGCGCAAAGGAUCGUUUUUAAUAACGAUCAGUUCAGACUGACACCCGACAAUCAGUAGACAGCGUAACGUCGUCUAUUGCUCACAGACGACAGAGUUGGAUUCGUCUUACGACCAUCGUACGACGCAGUGAAUGCCCGGCUUAAAGGCCUGUUUAUACUUCAACGAUACCGAUAACGAUAAAAAAGCUAAAAAGCGAUUGU